AUGACAGCAGCAACAGCAGCAGCAGCAGCAGCAGCAGCAGCAACAGCAGCAGCAGCAGCAGCCUUAGUGUGUUUUUGCUACUUUUACCCUCGCUUUGCUUCUUUCCUAACGAACGCCCGCUUCCAGCCUAAGGUCACCCACAAACAGGGGAGCAGCAGCAGCAGCAGCAGGAGCAGCAGCAGCAGCAGCAGCAGAAGUAGCAGCAGCAGCAGCACAGCAACACCAGCAGCAAGAGAGCAAGCAGCAGCAACAGCAGCAGCAACAGCAGCAGGAGCAGCAGCAACUGCAUCGGGUUGCUGCUGUUGCAGUAUCGCAGGUGUCUGUACACCUCAAGUCUUUAACUCCUUAGUUCUACACAAGGCCUCCAAGGGGCCCCUUUGGCCGCUACGGUCGGUUUUGCUGCAGCAACAGCAGCAGCUAAUCGAUAUAGCAAGCAGCAUAUUUCAAGCAGCAGCUGCAGCAGCAACAGCAGCAACAGCAGCAUCAGCAGCAGCUGCAGCAGUUGCAUCCUACAGAAUUUGGCAAAAAGCGGAACAAAUAUUAAAAAAAGCAAAACCAAACCUGCAGCAGCAACAGCAGCAGCAGAAGCAGCAGCAGCAGCAGCAGCAGCAGCAGCAACGUUGGUGUGUUUGUGAUGUGCUGCAGCAGAUAGAUUUCUACUGUCUCUUCACUGUCUGUCUCUGUCUUCUUUCUGUCUUUAACAUGCACGCUUCGGGGCCCCUGCUGCUGGGGGCCAUACCUCUGCCUCCUUCUCCUUCCCAGCAGCAGCAGCAGCAGCAGCAGCAGCAGCAGCAGGAGUCGCUCGACUGCUUGGGGGAAGGCUGCGCUGUCCGCUCAGUCUGCUCUACCCAAGGGCCUGCUGUUGCUUAUGCUGCAGCAGCAAAACGGUAUUCGCUAAUAUCAUCAGUUAUUAAAGAUAAAUUAGCAGUCUCUUGGCGUAUCAACGACUUCCUCGGGGUUUGGUCUCUUGCAAAACGCAGAUUUUUGCGGCCUCGCAGUGAGGAUCAGUACAUCGACUCGCAUUUGUUUGGAGACGGCGCCUCAGGGCGGUGGUUUUUGCGGAUAUACCCCUGCGGAGAUAAAAAGAAUAGCGGCUCACUAGAACUAUAUUUAAUGCUAGAGAGCAGCUUGCCUAGAGACCUUCUAGUGCAUUAUAAGCUGCAAGUUGUUAGGCCCCCAAAGCAUCAGCAGCAGCAGCACCAAAUGCAGCAGCAACAAAUGCAGCAGCAAAUGCAGCAACAGAUGCAGCAACAGAUCCUCCAGCAGCAGCAACAAAGGAGACAUACUGUCCAAACAGAUACUGCUGCGGGGGCGAAUGCUGCUCCUGCUGCUCCUCCUCCUGCUGCUGCUGCUGCAGAUGAAACAGCCAGACGUAGAAGGAGGCAUAGAAGGGACCAUGCGCAGCAGCAAACCCUCAACAACAGCAGCAGCAGCAGCAGCAGCACCGGCAGCACAAGCAGCAGCAGCAGCAGCAGCAAUAAUAGUAGAGGUGCAGCAGAGUCAGAAGGAGGCAGCCAGCGCGCCCCUCGCAGCGGUUGCAGCAGCAGCAGCAGCGGCAACAGAGACAGGCAGCAGCAGCAUGAAGCACUUCGUCAACGGCAGCGUGGCAGCAGCAGCAGCAACGACGGCCGCACCAGCAGCAGCAGCAGCAGCAGCAGGAGGCUCAACCACGGCCGCGAACGAAGAAACAGAGAAGCAGAAGCAGAAAGAGUGAUUGGCUAUGAAGACAGCGAUGUCUACAGCAAACAAGAGCCCGGCGUCGGCUACGGCCCCACACACCUCUGCGACGUGAGCAGCAGGAAGAAAGUCGAGGAGUUGCUGUGGCCAGACGGCUCGCUGUUAGUUGCAGUCUUCAUGGAGUGCCCUACGCCUAUUCACGAGAGCAGCGUCCCUGCAAAUAAAAGCAGCAGCAGCAGCAGCAGCAGCAGCAGCAGCAGCAGCGAGAUCGCGGCACCGCCGUCCAACUCCCACGGGCUCUUCUCAAUGCUGUCUCCUUUUGCGCCGUUCACAGUCUCCAACCUGCAGCAGCAGCAGCAGCAGCAGCAGGUUCUGGGCUUUGGCUGUUCUUUGCGUCCUGCUUCUUUCGGAGGCUCCCUCCCCUCCUCCACAGCAGCAGCAGCAGCAGCAACAGCAACAGCAGCAGCAGCAGCAGGAGCAGCAGCAGGAGCAGCAGGCAGCGUGGCUAGCGAAGUCGCCUCUUACAUUCUUUCUUCGCCUCCUGAUUUGCUGCUGCAGUUCGCUGGACGCCAAUUCGCAGCAAAUAAAAUCGCCCUAGCUGCAUGCUCAAGGGUUUUUCGUGCGAUGCUCUCGGGUAAAUUCAGAGAAGGAAAUCUGCUCGCCCCCUCGAAGACACUGGAGCAGCAGCAGCAGCAGCAGCAGGACGUGCAGCAGCAGCAGCAGCAGCAGGACGUACAGCAGCAGCAGCAGCAGCAGCAGCAGCCUAUAUUGGAGCUACCUUUGACAGGGAUUACUGCGAAUGCUCUCUGUGAAGCCUUGUCGG